AGCCUGCGCACUAGAAGCGCCUCGGCCCUGAGCCCUCCGGCUCGCCGUCCCUUCCCAGCAUGCCCUGAGGGAGCCUGCGCGUCCGGCCGGGAGUUCGGGGAGAUUCGUCGCGCUAUGGAGGCGGCUGCCAGCGCUUCGGAUAUGUUCGACGCUAUCGUGAUGGCCGAGGAGAGAUUUCAUGGUGAAGGGUAUCAAGAAGGUUAUGUUGAAGGAAGUCAUGUUGGUGUUAUUGAGGGAAGGAGGUAUGGAGCACUACAUGGUGCCAAGAUUGGGUCUGAGAUUGGAUACUAUCUUGGGUUUGCAUUGACAUGGCAGCGUCUGCUUCACAGAUCUGCAGAAGAAAAGCCCAGUAAAAAAAUAAAGGCUCUGGAAUCAUUAAUAGGAAUGAUUCAGAAAUACCCUUAUGAAGACCCCACUUAUGACAAACUUCAUGAAGAUCUGGAAAAAAUCAGAGGAAAAUUUAAACAGGUUUGCUCAUUGCUAAAUAUUCAAUCUGAUUUUAGAAUCAAUCCUGAAAGAUCUGCACUUACUUUUUGAACAUAACAGAUGAAGAUAAACAUAUAUGAACAAAGAAGAAACGUUAAGGAACAGAUAUCUGGGGGAGUGAUUACAAUAAUAAUAAAGGCAGAUAAAGUCAGAAUAAUAAACAGGUUUUUAUUUUACAAAAGGAAGGGUAGAAGAGUUAAGCAGUAGUGGAAAGGCACCCCUUUAAUGUUUGCUGUGUCCCAGUUUUAUUUGUUCAUUGCAGUCAGUGCAUGUCCUGUUUAAAAAACAAAAAUGCAAAACCUCCAUAUUCAUGCAACACUAAUCCCAUAUUGAUAGUCUGUCUUUAAUUUCUAUGGGAAAAAUCGUUUGCUUCUAUGAUGAUUUGUUUUAUGAUGUUUCUCCCUUGUUUAUUAUCCAAAGGAUGGGUAUUUCAAAACAUGUAUAGAUCACUAUGAAUUUACACAAUAUGUAUAUUUACACAAAUAGAUAGUAAGAUAUUUUCCUUGUCCUGAGGAGCUUACAAUAAAGAGCUAUGUUAUUUUUGAUGAUGAAAGGAUGAAACAGAGGAUGGGAUAACAGUGAAGAGGUGUAUUACAGACAUGGUUCUCAAAGCAGCUACAGCUCAAAACAGAAUAUUGCUCCUCUGUUGUUGAUUUUCUGUAUUAUUUCCAUGAGCUCUGACACCUGAUGUCUGAUCCAGUGCAGAAAAAAUAUAUUGGCAGCUGAAAGUGCUGAAAAUAUUUAAAAGAAAAAAAGAAAAAAGAUUGAGAUCUACCGCUUAGAAUAACUAACUAAUGGUGAGGUGUUUGAGGUAAUAUCUUCUAUUGGACCACUUCACCCACCUUGACUCUCUCUCAUCAUGGGACCAAAAAUACUACAAAAAUAUUGCAAUAAUUGAGUGGUAAAUUGUUUCCAAGAUGGGAAAUGCAUUUUUCAGUUUCAUUCAGAAAAUGGAUGCUGUCAGAAUAUGUAAGUGAAUAUUCAACUAUGUUAGUUUAAGAGAAACAAAUUAUUUUGUUCAAAAGAUAUUCUGUAUUUUGGUGCUAGAAUAUUUAUGUAACUUUUUUCACAAAUCGAAUGUAAUGUGGUCACUUCUAGAAAGCAUUUCACUACAGUGUAGUGUAUGUAUAUCUGUGGAGCCACUUCAUUUAUAAGUCUGAGCAACAUUCCUUUGUUAAUUUUUUAAUUAAUUUUUUCUACAUACAACUAUACCAAAAUUCAUCAUAAUACACAAAGUAAAUAAAGAGGAUUACAGCAUU